AUGAGGGGAUGCCUCACCUGUCGGCUGCGCCAUUUGAAAUGUGACAAAUCGGGAGCAAAAUGUCUGCGGUGCCAGCGAUCUGGUCGCGAAUGUGUGCCGGCUCCCGGCAAAUCUGAAGAGGUCUCUUUUCGCCACGGCCAGAACCCGUCUCUACGUGGAAAGGGCCCCCCGAGAUACGGGGAGAGCGAUCUAGCGUUUCCAGAUGACCAGGUCUGGGUUGAAACAUCUUCUGAAUAUUCCUUCAAAGAUGAAACAAACCAGACUGCAUCAGAGUAUCAUGUUGUGUCCGUGAGAGAACCUAAAUCGGCGUCUAGAUCGCCCUCGGAGUCUCGUUCGACCUCGUCCUCAAUCAUGGACCCCUCUGUUCAGGGUCUGAAUAAUUCUGUUCCUCUCUAUGUCGCGGAUUCGCGUGGCUCACGUUCAACCUCUGCAAAUUCACCCCUCUCCUCAAACACGCCCGUCGUUCAGCCAAGGUUGGCAAGCAUAAACGAGGCGUAUUUACUUCGGCAUUACCAACAGUACCUAGCACCAUGGCUCGAUGCCGGGGACCCGGAACACCGGUUUACCUCGGAUGUGGCCCACCUGGCUAGUCGAUGCCCAUUGCUUCUUUACGCAUGCAUCGCUGUAUCAGCAUGCCAUCUAUCUCGGACGGCAAAUACGAUCGCUCCUGAUGUCGCCGAUAAUUAUCACGAGCGCUGUAUCUCGAUUAUGUUGCCAGUGCUCGACAAACCCGAAUUCGACAUUGGCAUUGAUAUUCUCCUCAGUUCCACCGUGAUCCUGCGCUUCUUCGAACAAAUCUCAUCCCACACUCCUUCCAAUGACCCGCAGCGCCACCUCCUCGCAGGGUCUGUCUACAUCAGUUCACAUGUGGACUGCGCUAUCUCCGGCGGCCUCGCCUCGGCCUCCUUCUGGGUCUUCGUAAUUCAAGACAUCCAGUUCGCACUUACGUACCAGAAAUGCCUUCGGCUAACCUUUGCCCCCUUCGACGAUCGCCUACGCCAGUGGUGGGUCGCCAAACCGGUCCUUAGCGACGGCGACUGGGUUAAUCGGGCAAUCUGGAUCCUUGCCGAAACGAUUGACUUUUGCUAUAACGUCUCAGGGCGGAAUUACGGUGGUCAUUUGGGUGUUGCUGGCGAGAAUGCUCUCAAGCAGAGAAUUCUGGAAUGGGAGCAUGGUCGCCCGGAUACGUUCGUCCCGUUGCAUAUCUCGUCGCCGGACCACGCACGAGGGAAGCCAUUCCCGGUUGUGCUAUACACAAGUUUAUGGCAUUCUACCGCAAUGCAACAUUUAUGUCUUGCCAAGGCACUAAUGUUGAUUCGCGAGACGGAGGUCUAUGAAAACUCGCACGAGCAGCGGGUUUCAAUAAAGGCACGAAUUACUGAAAACCUCAAUUAUCUCUUUGGCAUUGCACUAUCCGCCGAUGAUGAACCAUCGUUGCGCAUCAUGGCUUGUCAUGCCCUGUGUGCCUGCAGCUCCUGGAUAGACGAACCUCUAGCCCAAAAUUUAUUAUUCGAUCUACUUCGUCGCACUGAACGAGAGAAUGGAUGGCCAUGGGCAUAUGUGGAACAACGGAUUCUCCAUACAUGGCAGGGGAAUUCGCGAUAA